AUGGGGACCCUACCUGACUACGUUUUCGGGAAGAAGGACAGCGACGAAGUGAAGGAAGUUUGCAUGAAGCACGUUCCAUUCUGGGAUAGACUCACACACGAUGAUAUGGUGGCGGAGUUUAUCUCAUCAGCAGUAACAAACAGAGUCUUUACGGUCACGUUGAACCCGGAACUUAAGAAGAAAUACAUGCUUAACAAAGUCAUUAUUAAGAAGACGACAUCGUUUAACUCGCUGAUGGGAGAUAUUGAUAAGCAGUACGAGAUAGUUAAGUUCAUGAGCGAUAACCAGUGCGGACCGAAGCUGAUAGGACGUUUCGGAGUAUACACACUACAAGUGUGGGUCGAGGGCACCAUGAUGUCGAACGACUCGUUCCAAAACCUGUCGGUGCUGGCAGGACUGGCGACAUCCCUUAGCAAACUCCACAAGAAGUGCACAGAAAUCUCGCCUGAUCACUGGGACAGAACACCAUUCUACGUACCGUUGAUGUCGAAGUGGGAGCAGCACCUGGAGAGAGUGAUAGCAAAACUCAACUUAGACUUCGACCACAAUGACCUGAAGCGAGACUACAAGGUAGUCGUGGACAUUCUCGAGGACCACGUCAAGAGCUCGAACUCGAUGGCAAACACAAUUAUGUUUUGCCACAACGACCUGUUCUCGCUGAACAUACUGGACACACAGCACGGAGUGUACCUGAUCGACUUCGACUUCUCAGGCUUCAACUACGUAGGAUGGGAAAUUGCGAACUUGUUUAGAGAAAUAACGAUCGUAUACGACACGGGAAUGCCGCCCUACUUCAUGAGCGAUAAAAACCUUGAACUCUCAUACGAGUUUCAAUCGUUCUUCCUCUCAGUGUACCUCUCGCAACUGCUAGAUAAAAAUGUGUUGCCGUCGGACAAGAUGGUAAAGGAAUUCAUAGACAGUUUGGAAAUACACUACUUGAUGGUGGACGUGUUCUGGGUCUUCUGGGGAAUCAUCAUGAAGGACAGAUCGCGCGAAGAGUUGAACAAGCCGGUUCAGUUCGAAGCGUAUGCCGCAUUACAUAACAAUUUGCUGAAAGCGCAGCUAAAAAAGCUGAGAGACCAGAAAGUUGUUAAGUAUUGA